AUGAUUUCUAUGCUGCUGACAGAAGGGGAGAAAGAGUGGAUGGAAGGGAUGGAACUCUUUGUGAAUUUUGAUCCAGCUGUGUUUGAAGUUCUUACAGAAGCAAAGUACUUGUACAAGAUGGGACUUGAUGUUCCUCAAGCAGCUUUCAAUCUCUGUUUAAAAGAGACCAAAAUUAAGCAUCAUUAUUUAAGCCUUCAGGAGCUUUUAAGUAGCUACCAAAAUGUGGUGAACACCAUCCCAUCUAAUAUGCAACCAAUGAUGAAGCCUUUUAUUGGCCAAGUGGAUGAAGCUCUCAUUCCUGGACUGACUAUGUUGUCUUGGACCUCUCUAAACAUUGAAAGAUUCAUGGAAAGCGUGAAUAGCUCGCUGGCUGAGCUGAAAUACAUGGCGAAGCAGGUCUCUGACACCUUGGAGUGUAGGAUUGAGAGAGUUCUACAUGAAAUGACUUUUACUGCCUUGGUGGACCUCCCUGAAGAUAACCUUGUGGAAGCACACGCUUUUCUAGAGAUGACUGAGAAUAUUGUUGCCUCUGCUGGACAAGCUUUAUCUAUACAGAGUCAACAGCUGGAGCAUUGUAUGUACCAGUUAAUGGAUGGAUUGACACAAAAACUUAAGCCAGACGAAUUCGCCAAUCUUCAGGAUACCUAUGCAUGUUUACAUCCUGAUGCAAAACAAAAAACUCGUUGUCAAGAAUGCCUGCCGUGCAGCUACUAUAACCUGAUGGGACAUAUUUGCCAAAAGAACACUGAUGCUUUGGUGAAAUGUAAGUGUUUGUAA